UCAAAUAGGAACCAAAUAGAGAUGCAAUCGAAGCUAUUCUAACAAUUAUGCACAUGAAUUAGCACGAAAAAAUCCUAAACUAAUCCUAUUUCAAUCUCUUCAACGUGGUGCCGUUGGACAACUUCUUCAACGUGGGGCAGGAUGGGCGCCCUCCCGUGUUGCAGCCGCUCCGCACGGAGGUUGGGCGCAUCGCCCUGACUUGCUCCCCUCUCUCUGCCGUGGACAGGGGGUGCGCCAUGGGGCUGGCCAUGUCGGCGGCGAAGAUGUGGCAAGUGCCCUCGGAGGUCAGUGGCGACCAUAUGUAUGCAGAGCUGGCCCAAGUGGGCGCUAAGGUAAAGAAUUAUCCAUUGUCCCGAUUAUUUCUCCAAGUUUAUCAUGCGUACUUUAUUUUCUAACUCCUUGGUUUUGUUGCCACAGAUCCUCCUUUUCGCGGAGAGGGGCGAUCGAUGCCUGUGGGAGUCCAAGGAAGAGGCACUUGCAGCCUCAUCGUCGGCGUCCGCUCUAAAGGACGAUUUGGAGACUGCAUCCAGGCGCCGCGAGCAGCUUGCGCAGGAGGCCGAAUAGGCCCAGAUGAAGGCGGUCUUAGAGUUGUCUCGGCUGACGGGCGCCCUAGAGGAGGAGCGCCGCAAGUGUGAGGCCGAGUUUGAAGAGGAACGGAAUGGCCUGCUGGAGAGGGUGGCCAAGCUCGAAGCGGAGAAGGAGGAGUUGUCAAAAGAGGCGGGCGCCCAAGCCAGUGAGAUGGAUAUUCUGAAGGAGGAGAAGGAGAGGCUCCGGGACGCCCACAUGGAGAAGAAGAAGGCGCUGAAAGCUGCCCGCAAGGAGAUUGCCAGUCUAAGGACUUCUCUCGACACAUUCGAGGAGUCUGAGGCCGGCAAAAACUUGUUCGCAAACGCCUGCCUCACCUGCCUCAAUAUCCUGAAGAGGAAGCUCGACCAAGACCAUCCAGACCAAGUCUGGGAUGUGACUGAGAUGGCCGAGUACGUGAUUCAAGAUAUGGAGGGUACAGAUGAGGAAGGGAGGGCGCCCGCGACGAUGGCAGCAUAUGCGCCCCCCAGCCCCGCAAGACCAGGCGCCUCUUGUCCCCGAAGAGCAAGUUCCCCACACUGAGGAUGCUACCUCCGAGGCCAAAUGAGGCAUCUUUUGUGAUUUUCUCUGUUGUGUAAUUUAAUUAAUAUUGUUGAGUACUAUGGACAACCAAAGUUUUAAAUUUCUUGACUUUUUAAUGAAUCCUUGCUAUGCCU